AUGACAAAUAUACGGUUGUUUUUUAAUAUAUUAUGGAUGUCUACUUUAUUUGUUCCAGCAAAUGCAGAUAAAGAAGUGCCAACAGUUAAAUGGGGACAAAAUUCAAGCCAACUUACAUUAAUUGUCUCUAUUCCAAAAAUAGAAAAAGAAGAAAUUCAAUUUAAAGAAAACAUUAUACACAUAUCAGCUAUAAAUAAAGACGGAAAACAUUAUGAACUCAUUUUGAAUUUAUUGAGACCAAUAAUUCCAGAGAAUUGUUCUUAUUCCAUUCUCCAAAACGGGUUAAAAUUAAAGGUUCACAAACAGAUCAAAGAACCAUGUUGGAAACGCUUGACAAAGGAAAAAGAAAAACAACAUUUUUUAAUCAAGGAUAAAAUUCUUGGAGAUGGAAAUGAUUGUGAAGAAGCAAAAGAAAUUUGGUUUAGCUAUUAUAUGUUUCACAAAAGAAAAAUGAAUUCUGAACAAUCUAAAAACGAGUCAAAUAAAAAAAAGGAUUUAGUUGAGAAUAUAAUUGAAAAUUUGAAGAAUGAACAUCCAAACUUUUCAUUACACGAAUAUUAG